UCAUUUUCCCAGCAUCCCAAGCGCUCUGAAAUUUUAACCGGAUAUCCGUUCUGCUAUCCAGCCGAGGUGAGGCUUCGCUACACGUGGAAUUAUAAAGGAAAAGUCCUACAAAAGCUGGGUUUUUUGUAUGUAAAUCGAAUUGUGCUAUUACUUGCGUUUUGGAUCAACGAUACACGUUUCGUCGUGAUGUUUCUGCAGUAUUAUGUAAACGAGAACGGCGACAGGGUCUACACUCUGAAGAAGGUGAGUCCCAGUGGGCAGCCCACAAGUUCGGCCCACCCAGCUCGUUUCUCUCCAGAUGACAAGUUCUCCCGACACCGAGUGAUGGUGAAGAAACGCUUCAGCAUCCUGCUAACCCAGCAGCCUAGACCUGUUCUGUGAGAGAGUGGGGGAGGGAGAGAUAGCUGGAGAUCAGUCCCAGAAAAAGACGGGGAUGAAGGCGAGGAUGGAGCUGUAAAGCAAAGAGCAACACAAAUCCCAUCUCACCCUGAAGGAACUGUUCAUGCAUUGGAUCAGCUGUAGCCAGGAUGAUGAGGAAUUUUUUUUUUUUUUACAUAACGUAAUUUGUUCACACUUAUAUGGUGAUUUGUAUUCUGUUGUCCCUGUGUGUAUAAAAUCCAAGUGGGUGAUAAAUUACAGAAUACAACCUGAAUAAAAUGAGUUAAAAGAUUUUUCCAGCAAAGUUUGUCUUUGGUAUCCACCA